AUGGCCCAUGAUCGCAACCCUCUUCCGACUGCUCCUUCCCGACCUGGAGUGCCAUUGAAACCCGCUCUCGCUCGAGCACCGAAUCCUCCUCGUCUGGCUCAAGACUCGCCUUCCUCGACGACGGCAACAACAAUAAACACAACGUCAACAACACCCUUUCGACCCAAAUUGCAAGAGUCGGAAUUCAGACCAAGACUAAACAACCACAAACCCACACCUUCGCCCCUGUCCUCGACGCGUCCGACGGCGCAGGCCGCCUCCACCCAUGUCACGCCGCAGACAUUGACUGGAAAGACACGAGCUGGGCAGAUAAUAAACUCGACCCCGACCAGUCAACCGCCCAACGACGAUACCCCGAGUCAUGCAAGAAAGAGACCCCUUAUGAUCUCUCCCACAAACAGCGAACCUGCCGUACGCCGUCCGCAGCUAGCUACCUCUAACAGGGCCAAGAGCGUCGUGGGCUCUGCAAGACCACCCAAUGCAAAUCCCUCUCGCCCUGCUCCAGUUACCACCAGAACUGCACCUACUGUCCGUGGCUUCGUCAAAACACCAGACACCACCAGAUCAAAUGCCUCGACACUACAGCCCCACGUCUCGGGUCCUGCGAGAAUCUCGCCAGUUCCCACAUCUCGUCCUACAUCAGCAAAGCUAGAGAAGGAUUCGAGUCCCAUGUUCUUCCACGCCAGCGACGCCAAACCACAACCACAAACACAACCCACGCCUCAAAUUCAAGCACCCAGGUUACGAAAGACGCCAUCUUUCUUGUAUGCCAAUGGCCAGCAGCAGACUCUGGAUUCGAAACCACUCUCCCACCGAAGCUCUUCUCCUGUUCUCUCCAACGUGUCGGCCGCCACAGACUCGCGCUCUCGUCAAGUUUUCGUAAAGUCGCCUGUGCCCUCGGAUUUGGCUAAUAUACCAACCAUAACCUCUCCACCCCUGAGUGCUGUUUCCUCGGCCUCAAAUUGCUUUACAAGCCCCAACUCACCACCUAAGAACAACAUCCACCUGUCCUAUAGAAAGGGAGCCUCUCAAAUAUUUGCACUCGGUGGCCCGCCUCUGCCAUUCAAUUCUGCCCAGCCCGCUCAGCGCAAGUCUAGUACCGCAUCGUUGCGCGCUUCUCACAUCCGGAGCACCAGUUUGUCUUCGAUUGACACGGAUAGUCCUGACCAUAUUCGUCGACGAUCGCAGCCCAUACCAACCAUAACUAAGCCUGUUGGCGAGGACGAUCUUCUUGACUCACCUACGCCUGUGCUAGACAAUGGUGCCGAUGGCUCGCUCGACGCGUCGCCCUCUGAUGCUCCACAGGGCAACGAUAUCUUAUCAGUCGAUCCCUAUGCUGAAGCACGCCGUGAGAGGAAGGUCCUCGAUCUCGAGAUUUCAAACUCGUCACUCCUGGCUAUCAACAAGUCUCUGGAACGUGAGCUGAGGAAACAAAAAGCAGAACUAAAGCGCUUCCGUCGCUUGAGUCGAGCUGGUCAAUUUGCAGUGUCUCAGAGGAGGUCAAGUGACGGGGAAGAAGACCUUUCAACGCUGGACGAAGACGGUGAUUUGCCUGAUUUCGACGACGAUGACGAAGGUGCUCGACCUUCCAGUCCUUUCCACUCGCAACCUGAAGACGACUCGUCGGACGAGGAGUCGACGGGAUCCUCAGCUGUCCCUUUGUCUCCUGGUGCGCAGGCUGCUCGAGAUGCCGCACAACGAGCUGAGGACGAGAGUCGUCUGCGACUCGACUUGAGCCGUCAUCGCGAACUGCUCAUGGACACACAACGGAUGAAUCAGUCUUUGCAGCGUUGCCUCUACUGGACCGAAGGCCUGAUCAAAGACGGAAGGAAAGCUCUUGAAUACCAAGUCGUAUCCUCAGAGGUCAAACUUGGUGGUCGUAUACUUUCUGGCGAUGAUGCGGACGAAGUGUCUUCGCAAGUCGAUGAUGCUGAAAGCGUCCACAGUAUAGAUGAACAACCUGGUGCCCUCCCAGACUUUGGCGAGCCCGACAGACGAAGUGUCGGCAGUGAGAUGGAUAGCGGUAUUGACCUCAUGGGUAAACGCGGACCUUUGACAAUGGCUAGAGACAACCCUCAUCAUUCUCGAUUAUCUCAACCGUGA